UAUACAAAGAGGAGGAAGCAGCACUGAGUUUCUUCUUCCUCUUCUUCAGAGAAUUGAAGGAUGGAGAUGGGAUAGUAUGUGGUCAUCUUCUUCUUUACAUUUUUCAUCUUAGCUGGUUUUGCUUAGUUUUUGGCGGGUUUCGGUUUUUUCUUUUUAUUUUCCAGAGUGAUUGGACAACGCAGAUAUUAAUGGGAGGGUAGUUUCCGUUAUUAUAUAGAGUUGUAGGGCUGGUUUUAUAGGCUGCUAUCUUUUCCCAUCCGGGUUGCUUAAUUUUCUUUUGGUUAUCACACAACUCCUUAUAUAAAAGAGAGGCGGCGGCCCGCGGCGUGACACUUUCGGCCGCCGGAAAGGGGGGAGGAGAAGGAGGAGCAGAGUUGUUGGGAUUUGGAGAUAUUAAGAUUCGUCUUCCAACAGAAAGCGGGGGAAUUGAAAAUUCCGAUAAUCUUGCUACCUUUCCCGCUUUGCCCUUCUAAUAUCUCUCCAAUUUCAUAUCCACCCCACCCUUCCAUCCUCGGUUUCAGCAAAGAUUCUUCUAUUCUCUUCUGUUUUGUUCUGCUUUGGUUUGGUUUGGUUUGGUUAGGCCUGUUCCGGUUUCUGUGUUCUGCGUUCUGUGUUCAUAUUUUCAUUUGGUUUGGUUUGGUUUGAGAAAUUCGAACAGAGAAAGAAAGAGAGGAAGGAAAAAAUGCUGUGUAGAAUGGUAAUGCCCAAGAAGAAGAAGACGGGCAAAGUUCCGGUGUAUCUCAAUGUCUACGACCUCACACCCAUCAAUGGCUACGCCUAUUGGCUUGGCCUCGGCGUCUACCAUUCCGGCGUCCAAGUACAUGGCGUUGAAUAUGCUUUUGGAGCGCAUGAUCAUGCAUCAACUGGGAUCUUUGAAGUCGAACCUAAGAAAUGCCCUGGCUUUGUAUUCCGAAAAUCCAUUUUGAUAGGAAGAACAGAUUUAGGUCCCAAAGAGGUCCGCGCGUUCAUGGAAAAACUCGCUGAAGAUUACUCUGGAAAUACGUACCAUCUAAUCACCAAGAAUUGCAACCACUUCUGUAAUGAUGCGUGCAUCAGACUGACAGAGAGGAAUAUUCCUCGAUGGGUUAACCGUCUUGCCCGACUCGGUUUGUUCUGCAAUUGUGUUCUUCCGGCUGGCCUGAAUGAAACUAAGGUUCGGCAAGUAAGAUCAGAUGGGGGGAUUUAUGGAGAUAAGAAGAAAUUGCGAAGCCACUCUAGCAAUGGCGCACCCGGGUCUGGAAGCAGAAGUUCUAGACAAAGACAUUGUCUUCCUCCUUCUUCAUCUUUGAUCCAUUCUACCUCAACUCCAGCUUUGACCGUAAAGCUAUGACACCUGCUUAUCUGAUUUGGAAGGCUUGUUAUAGAGUUUUUAGAAUUCAUAUGAACAACAGAUAGAGUAAUUGCAAAGUUUAAUUCUGCUCCAUCUGGUUAUCUCAGCUGCUUGAAAAUUGUGUGUAUUAGUUGUCUGUGAAAUGCUUUCUGGGUGGAAUCAAUGUCUGCGAUUUUCAAAUUU